CACAGGGCCGGCCGGACACAGGGACAGACGGGGGGACGGGCAGGGCCCGGCAGGGACAGACGGACACAGCUGGGCCCGACCCCCCCAGGCAGCUGCAGGCUCCAUGGAGGGGACGGCCCCCCCCCGGGCGGCGUACCGGGCGGCCAUGGUGCUGAGCGGGGCGGGCGACGCGCUGGGCUACCGGAACCAGCGCUGGGAGUACUGCCCCUCGGGCCCCCAGAUCCACGCCGAGCUGGCCCAGCUGGGGGGGCUGGGGGGCAUCCAGGCCGCGCCCCCCGACUGGCCCGUCAGCGACGACACCGUCCUGCACCUGGCAACGGCCGAGGCCCUGGCCACUGGACUGGAGGGGGAGCCGUUGCUGCAGGAGCUGGCACGAGGCUACGUGGCAGCGAUGGGCGACAUGGAGGGCAGGAAACCCGGCCCCACCAGCAUCCUGGGGACGUCCCAGCUGCGCCCGGGCGAGCCGGCCGGGUACCGGAUCCCCUUCAACCCCAGCGCCACCGGCUGCGGGGCCGCCAUGCGCUCCAUGGCCAUCGGGCUCAGGUACCCGCGCCCCACGGAGCUGCCAACCCUGAUCCGGCUCAGCGUGGAGAGCGGGCGCAUGACGCACCAUCACCCCACAGGGUACCUGGGGGCCCUGGCCUCGGCCCUGUUCACGGCCUACGCGGUGCGGGGGCUCCCCCUGGCGCAGUGGGGGGCCGGCCUGCUGCAGACGCUGCCCCUGGCCCUAACCUAUGUGCAGGACGCGGGUGUCGACACCCAGCCCAACCUGGACGCCUGGGGCUACUUCCCCCAGAAAUGGGCCUGGUACCUGGCUGAGCGGGGCCUGGCGGAAGGACACGGCCCCCCGCGGUUCCCCUCCCCCUACGGCCCGGCCGAGCGGGACGGGAUCUACCAGACCUUCAGCCUGGAGGGCUGGGCGGGGCGCAGCGGGCACGACGCCCCCAUGAUCGCCUACGACGCGCUGCUGGGCGCUGGCGACCGCUGGGACGAGCUCUGCAGCCGGGCCAUGUUCCACGGGGGAGACAGCGACUCGACGGGCGUCAUUGCGGGGUGCUGCUGGGGGCUGGCCCACGGGCUGGCCGGGGUCCCCGAGGGGAAUCACCGACACCUGGAGUACCGGCACCGCAUGGAGGCAGCCGCCGACCGGAUCCACGCCCUGGCCUGGGGGGAGAGCGCCCCAUGAGCACCCCACUGCCCCGGCACUGCCUGGACACCUGGGUUCCUUCUUAACCCCACCCCCCUGGCCUCCCACCCUGCACUCAACAGCCAACCCCACUGCAGGCCAGGGCUGGAUUUGGGGGGUUCCCCAUUCCCCAGACACAUGGGGGAGGGCAGCAAAUUCCCAGCCCCACCAGUGCACCCUCCUGCCCCCCCCAUGAGCCACGGGCCCCACCCACUAGCACCUCCUAUUGCUGCACCCAGGACACCAGGCUCCGUCUCCAGGGGUCUCCCGGGUCAGCGUUGGGCUCCUCAAUAAACCCGUCUCCUGCC